ACUCACCAUCGCCUUCACUUGUUUCAAGGGGGAAAUCCCUAGUCCGCCCGCUUCGGCGCGCACCUCCCGGCACCCCAGCGGCAAACUUCUGCGGGUCAGCGCUCCCCCCGCGCCCCGGGGCGGGACACCCCCGCAGACUCAGAGUUAACGGGCUGCGCCGGCCUCGGCGUUGCGGGGGGUGGAGGGGUUCCGCUCCCUUGCUCCCGGGGUGGUGCUCAUUGACCUAGCAUCGACUCCCCUUCCUUAAGAGAAAAAUUUUUUAUUUUAUUUUUAUUUUAUUUGUAUCUCUCCCUUUUUCUUUAAUGCCAUUUACUCCCGAGGCGCAGCGCACAAGGAGCCCUCCCGUGCGGCACCGUCCUGGAGCCCGCCCAGGUCACUUUCAUGAAUUCAAAGGCAAUUUACCAGUGAUUUUGGGUGCUGGGGCUGAUUUUUUUUGGCGUAUUUACAUUCUAUAUCUUCUGAUGAGGAAAGGAAAAUGCUUCAAGAAGGACUUUGUGACCUCUCAUCACUUUGUAUAAGAGCCCAGAAGAAUGUCUUCCAAGCAAGCCACCUCUCCAUUUGCCUGUUCAGCUGAUGGAGAGGAAGCGAUGACCCAAGAUUUGACCUCAAGGGAAAAGGAAGAGGGCAGUGAUCAACAUGUGGCCUCCCAUCUGCCUCUGCACCCUAUAAUGCACAACAAACCUCACUCUGAGGAGCUACCAACACUUGUCAAUACCAUUCAACAAGAUGCUGACUGGGACAGCAUUCUGUCGUCUCAGCAAAGAAUGGAGUCAGAGAAUAAUAAGUUAUGUUCCCUAUAUUCCUUCCGAAAUACCUCUACCUCACCACAUAAGCCUGACGAAGGGAGUCGGGACCGCGAGAUAAUGACCAGUGUUACUUUUGGAACCCCAGAACGCCGCAAAGGGAGCCUUGCCGAUGUGGUGGACACACUGAAACAGAAGAAGCUUGAGGAAAUGACUCGGACUGAACAAGAGGAUUCCUCCUGCAUGGAAAAACUACUAUCAAAAGAUUGGAAGGAAAAAAUGGAAAGACUAAAUACCAGUGAACUUCUUGGAGAAAUUAAAGGUACACCUGAGAGCCUGGCAGAAAAAGAACGGCAGCUCUCUACCAUGAUUACCCAGCUGAUCAGUUUACGGGAGCAGCUCCUGGCAGCGCAUGAUGAGCAGAAAAAACUGGCAGCCUCACAAAUUGAGAAACAACGGCAGCAAAUGGACCUUGCUCGCCAACAGCAAGAACAGAUUGCAAGACAACAGCAGCAACUUCUGCAACAGCAGCACAAAAUUAAUCUCCUGCAGCAACAGAUCCAGCAGGUUCAGGGUCACAUGCCUCCGCUCAUGAUCCCAAUUUUUCCACAUGACCAGCGGACCCUGGCAGCAGCUGCUGCUGCCCAGCAGGGAUUCCUCUUCCCCCCUGGAAUAACAUACAAACCAGGUGAUAACUACCCCGUACAGUUCAUUCCAUCAACAAUGGCAGCUGCUGCCGCUUCGGGCCUCAGCCCUUUACAGCUUCAGAAGGGUCAUGUCUCCCACCCACAAAUUAACCCAAGGCUAAAGGGCCUAAGUGACCGUUUUGGCAGGAGUUUGGACACCUUUGAACAUGGUGGUGGCCACUCUUACAACCACAAACAGAUUGAGCAGCUCUAUGCCGCUCAGCUGGCCAGCAUGCAGGUGUCACCUGGAGCAAAGAUGCCAUCAACUCCACAGCCACCAAACACAGCAGGGGCAGUGUCACCUACUGGGAUAAAAAAUGAAAAGAGAGGGACCAGCCCUGUAACUCAAGUUAAGGAUGAAGCAGCAGCACAGCCGCUGAAUCUCUCAUCCAGACCCAAGACAGCGGAGCCUGUCAAGUCCCCAACCUCUCCCACCCAGAGCCUCUUCCCAGCCAGCAAAACCAGCCCCGUCAGCCUGCCCAACAAAAGCGGCAUCCCCAGCCCCAUUGCUGGGAGCCUGGGAAGGGGAUCCUCUCUAGGUAAAUGGAAAGGUCAACACCAGGAAGAGACUUAUGAAUUAGAUAUCCUGUCCAGUCUCAACUCCCCUGCCCUGUUUGGGGAUCAGGAUACGGUGAUGAAAGCCAUUCAGGAGGCUCGGAAGAUGCGAGAGCAGAUCCAGCGGGAGCAGCAGCAGCAACAGCCACACGGGAUUGAUGGGAAACUGCCCUCCAUGAAUAAUAUGGGGCUGAACAACUGCAGGAAUGAAAAGGAAAGAACGCGCUUUGAGAACUUGGGGCCCCCGCUAACAGGCAAGUCGAGCGAAGAUGGGAAGCUGGGCCCAGGUGUCAUCGAUCUCACGCGGCCAGAAGACGCAGAGGGAAGUAAAGCAAUGAAUGGCUCUGCAGCUAAACUACAGCAGUAUUAUUGUUGGCCAACAGGAGGUGCCACUGUGGCUGAAGCACGAGUCUACAGGGAUGCCCGUGGCCGGGCCAGCAGCGAGCCACACAUCAAGCGACCAAUGAAUGCAUUCAUGGUUUGGGCGAAGGAUGAGAGGAGGAAAAUUCUUCAGGCCUUCCCCGACAUGCAUAACUCCAACAUUAGCAAAAUUUUAGGGUCUCGCUGGAAAUCCAUGUCCAACCAAGAGAAGCAACCUUAUUACGAAGAGCAGGCCCGGCUAAGCAAAAUCCACUUAGAGAAGUACCCGAACUAUAAAUACAAACCUCGACCGAAACGCACCUGCAUUGUUGAUGGCAAAAAGCUCCGGAUCGGGGAGUAUAAGCAACUGAUGAGGUCUCGGAGACAGGAGAUGAGGCAGUUCUUUACUGUGGGGCAACAGCCUCAGAUUCCAAUCACCACAGGAACAGGUGUUGUGUAUCCUGGUGCUAUUACUAUGGCAACGACCACACCAUCACCUCAGAUGACAUCUGACUGCUCUAGCACCUCUGCCAGCCCAGAGCCCAGCCUCCCGGUCAUCCAGAGCACUUAUGGCAUGAAGACAGAUGGCGGAAGCCUAGCUGGAAAUGAAAUGAUUAAUGGAGAGGAUGAAAUGGAAAUGUAUGACGACUAUGAAGAUGAUCCCAAAUCAGACUAUAGCAGCGAAAAUGAACCCCCAGAAGCUGUCAGUGCCAACUGAGGAGUAUUUGUUUGCUGAAUUAAAAUACUCUGACAUUUCAUCUCCCCUUCCCCAACAAAAAGUUCUUAAAGAGCCCGCAUGCAUUUGUGGCUCCACAAUUA